AUGUCUGAUCACGAGCAUCAACAGCAUCAUUCCGAUGCAGAAAAAGAUUCAAUAAUGGAAGAAACAGAGAAGAGGGUUGAGCAGAGUUCGGAUCAUGAGAGUGACAUGUUCGAAGAUGCCAACGAUGUUGAAGACCUCACAGAUACUCCUACUUCCCCAAUUGAGAGAACUAGGUCUUUGACGAAACGAAGAUCAUCAUCUAUUAAGAGCAGUACACAAGAUAUCAGUAGCGAUAUUCCAUCGGUCCCAACAGUACCACUUCCAGAAUCAAAUGGCGAAACGAAUGACGAACAAUUAGAAUCCGAUAUUCCACCACCUAAAUCCCCCCUUUUGACAUCCCAUCGCAUGUCCGCUUCUUCCCUCCAUAAUGUAAAUCUCGAAGACGGUGAUGAUUUUGGUUCACCUCCACCACCUCCUCCACUUUCGAAAGUAGCACCAGAGGAAAUGACACCUGAUCAACCACCCGAAUUACCACCAAAACCCAGCAUAAUUACUCCAAUGCAAGGUCUUUCUGGAAUCCUUCCAGAUGUGCCAUUCUCACCGCCACCACCCCCUCCUCCUGCUCCCGCGCCUGCGAAUCUUCCUGCGCCCGCACCCGUUACAAGAAAAUUAACUAGUCCAUUUUCAUGGCUUUCAAGAAAUACCUCGGCUCCAAAAGAGAACGUAAAAUCGUCACCAUUGCCCUCACCUCAUGCGAAUGAGCGAAGACAUACCGCUUCCUCGAUAGCAACCGUCGGCAGCAGUUCAGAAAUGAUGCUAAAUAAAUUGGAGGAGGGCAAUGAAACAGAUACCACGAAUGGGGUCAGACGGCCUGGGAGGAAUAGUCUGCGGGACAGAUUUAAGCUCGUGAGAAUGCGUGAGGAGGCCGGUAUUACAGAGUUGCCUGAAGAACAGGACGAGGCAGGCAAUAUAGCAUUUGGAGGACUCAUUAGACAGAGUACAACUCUUGGUAUGGGCUUUACAGGCUCUCACGACGACAAAGACCACUCACCCAACGGAGGUGUUCCACCUGCGACUCAUAACCCAGUCAGUGUCAAUCCAGCAUUGGCCCCAGGUACGGCGUCUGGGGUUUCUGCGGGCCCUUCUGCGAUGGGUGAUCCAGAAGCACCGGUCGACUGGGAUUUGUGGCAGAAUGUUGUGUACGAAGGGCCAGCCGCGGUAGCAAGGACAAGUGCAGAAGAACUCAAUCAAGCUAUCGCAACUGGUAUACCGCAUGCUAUCAGAGGUGUGGUAUGGCAAGUUUUGGCAGAAAGUAAGAACGAAGAGCUCGAGGUUCUCUAUAGAAGCUUGGUAAAUCGAGGUACAGACAAGGACAAGGACAGGAUGAGUACAUCUAGCGGAGUACAAAGCAAUGGAUCAAUAAAGGAGACUGUGGUUUCAUCGGCAUCGUCGAUACAUUCCGAGAAAUCUACCCCGGCAACUACUGUCACCAAUGGAAUGAGAUCUCCCUCUCCGCCGAGCGAGAAAGAUGUAGCAUUGUCGUUAGCUGAGAAGAAAAAGAAAGCGAAGGAAGAUGCAGCGGCUCUGACAAAACUCGAGAGAGCCAUCAAGCGAGACUUGGGUGCUCGAACGAGUUAUUCAAAAUUUGCUGCAAGUGCUGGACUUCAAGAUGGAUUAUUCGGUUUAUGCAAGGCAUAUGCUCUUUAUGAUGAAGGUGUUGGCUACGCGCAAGGCAUGAACUUUUUAGUUAUGCCUCUGCUGUUUAACAUGCCUGAAGAAGAAGCAUUCUGUCUAUUAGUACGACUUAUGAAUCAGUAUCACCUUAGAGAUCUUUUUAUUCAGGAUAUGCCAGGUCUUCAUAAGCAUCUUUAUCAAUUCGAGAGAUUAUUAGAAGAUUUCGAACCGGCGUUGUAUUGCCACCUCCAUCGACGUCAAGUUACACCUCAUUUAUACGCAACACAAUGGUUCCUUACUCUUUUCGCCUAUCGUUUCCCAUUACAACUUGUGCUUCGAAUUUAUGAUCUCAUUCUUAGCGAAGGUCUUGAGGCAAUUCUUAAAUUUGGCAUCGUACUCAUGCAAAAGAAUGCGGCCCACCUUCUUACACUCACUGAUAUGGCUGCAUUAACCACAUUCCUUAAGGAUCGACUUUUCGAUGUUUAUAUUGAUGCUUCUCCUUCAGCAGGAUCAAUACUGGAAAAUGGUUUCUUCGGAAAUUCUGGUGCGAGUAUUGAUAAAGAAGUUUAUCGAGCGGAUCAUAUGAUUCAAGAUGCUUGUGCUGUCAAGAUAACUCCAAAGAUGUUAGAAACGUACGCAUUAGAAUGGGAAGAAAAAACCAAAUUGGAGAAAGAACGAGAAGCAGAGUUAGAAAAUCUUAAAUUGACGAAUAUCUCUCUCACACACAAAGUUCGACGUCUAGAAGAAAGAGUCGAAUCUCAUGAUACCGAGCACGCGGCCUUGGCUACUGAGCUUGUUCGUACUAAAGUCGAAAAUCAGGAAAUUCAUGAAGAGAUCGAGACUUUGAGGGAACAAGUUAAGGAGUUAAAAAAUGUGAUUGAAAAGCAACCUGACGAAAUCGAAGCAAAAUUACAGAGUGAGAUGGAUCGAUUAAUGAAGAGAAAUCAAGAAGUACAUGAAGAAAAUCAAAAACUCGAGGAUGAAAUGAAUGAAAUGGAACAAAAUUUGGUGGAAACAAAGAUGAAAUACGCCGAGAUUAAUGCAGCUCAUGAAGCUUUGAAUCGGAAAUGGACGGAUUUGAGGAAAGCAUUGGGCGAUUAA